GCAAUGAUAAUGAUGUUGUGUAUGUCCAAGUACCAGACAGGUGUCACUGACAUCUUGGGUUCUUGAAGCGCCUCACUGCGAAGAUUAUGAGAGAUGGCUGAUCAAGGAAGUAGUCUUCAGAAGAAGAGAAAGAACGACGGCAGAGAGGGAGUCCCAUAUCAUACGGAGCAGGAGGAGAAGAACGCCGAGCAUGAGCAAGAGGUUUUGUCUGUAUUGCGGACCAUCCUUGGUCGGGAACAAUUACUUGACCUCACAUUCGUAUGCGAGGAUGGGAAAGCGGUGCGUGCCAAUCGAGCGCUGUUGGCAAGCUGGAGUGAGUACUUUUUAAAGUUACUGCAUGGGGAUAUGAAAGAGCGAUCAAUGGACAGGAUUCCUCUUCCUAAUGCAAAGGCAGGGGGGUUGCAGAUUGUGGUCAGUUACAUGCAUGGUCGUCCGUUUAGGUGGGGCACCGAUAGUUGUUGGGAUGAUAUGGUCGAAGCGUACUGUUUGACGGCUCAAUAUCAGAUCGAUAGUCUGUGCGAAAGGAUCUUACUCUUGGUGCGCAGUCUUGUUCAUGCUCGGGAGCUUGGUGAUCUGCUAAAUGCAGCGAUCCCGCGGCAAGCAGAGGAGGUACUACGUGCUGCAGUGAAAGUAAUGAACGACAUUUUGGCCCUCGACUCAACAUCGUUUCUGGGUUGGGCCAAGGAGAGCAUCACAUAUUGCCUGGAGAAUAUGAUAUUCCCUCCAAAUGUAACAGAGACGAUGGUUGUAGAGGCCGUUCUCUCUGCCGCAUCGUACGACUGCACUGCCGGUGUGGAGCAAGAGAAUGCUUGCAUGCAAUCUGAGAUGGCCGCUUCCGCUGCCAAGGAGUUCGACCCUGCUGUGUCGAAGCUACGGCGCUGUUCACAAUCUGCCAAACCAUUAACUAAAUGUGAUGCAGAGGGAGGGCAUUCAUUGUCCAGAAAGAACUUGCAGGAAAUAUUGGAAUAUCACAUCAACCUUGCGUUUGUCGAUCCUUUAUUUGUGAACAAGAGGAUUGAACCCUUGGGAAUCUUACGGCCAGAGGUACUCACUGCAGUUUACAGAGUGCAUGCCAUCUGCUGCUCAAGAGGGUUUUCGACCAAGUCCAUGCUUGCAUUACCCUGGCGUUCUCUAAGUACCAAGGUGUCAUUUGCACGUUUCAAAGUAGGCCAAGAUGGAAUUCAUAAGUCUUACACCGAGGUCUUACUUCCAUCUCCCUGGGAUUGUGUUCGAGGAAUUUCAAGUGGUAUAAUCAUUUCAGAGGAGCAACCACAUCGAGUGCGCUGCACAGGUCGAAGGAGUGAGGAAAGCACUGAGGAUCCAUUAAGGAUGAACUUACCUCUUGUCAGUGGCAAACACAUUUGGAUGGUCCGCUCUCUCUCGAGCUGUAUGGCCUUUGGAGUCGGUGUUGCUUCUUCGAAUCCUAGAGUCAUUUUUCACUUGCAAUGUUUCUCGAUGGGGAGAAAAUAUUGGCUUUGGAAAAAAACGGAUGAAAAGCGAAUAAUGCAGGACAUGUCAGAGGUGUUUCCUGAUUCAUUUAGCUUGGAGAGGUUUAACAGAUGUGGUGCUACGCUGUUUGUGAUAUUGGAUAUAACGAAGAGAUCACUGACGUUUGCCGAUAAACUAGAGCGCUACAUGAAUCGUGAAGGAGAAUAUCCUGCCGCCUUUGUCGAACUUCCAUGUGAUACUGCACUGUACCCAUCCUUCUGCAUGACGAGUCCUGGUUAUGUAGAGAUAGAGUGGAUCCAAAGCUCCCCAUGUGCACAGCUCACCCGUCCGCACUGGAGGAUGUGCGUUGUGAUAGAGGAGUUGAUCUCCAUCCGACUUCGUGAUCAUCUUCGAUGCAUAUCUGUGCAGUUCACUACCUGCUUCAAGCAACAAGGCAGACAACUUGAAGUCCACCAUGAAGUGCGGAGCAAGGUUAUGGGGUUGAAUUGUAUCUAUUGCUAUGGUAUAGUAGCCAGAUUUGCUGUGUCUAUGGCUAUGGUAGCCAGAUUUGCUGUGUCUAUUGCUAACCUCACUGUGCGUUUCCGGGUAAUGCAGUCGCUGUGCUCGUUAUAGUAGUUUUGACUCUUGAGGCCUUAUCCUUGAGGGAUUGUGGAUGUCCAGACAGAA